AUGGUAAACUUUCUGCUGCUGGCUUUGGCAUUUGGUGUGGCUCAUGCUAAUGAUUAUGCUGAGCUUCAAGGAGAAUGGGACACCAUUGCCAUUGCUGCUGACAAUGAUGACAAGAUAAAGGAAGAAGGACCUCUGAGAAUUUAUGUUCGUGAACUUUAUUGUAAUGAGGACUGUAGUGAAAUGGAAGUCACAUUUUAUGUCAAUGCAAAUAACCAAUGCUCAAAGACCAAAGUCACUGGAUACAAGCAAGCAGAUGGCACCUACCGAACCCAGUUUGAAGGUGACAAUACAUUUCAACCUGUGUAUGCAACACCAGAGAACAUAGUCUUUACCAGCAAGAAUGUGGAUAGAGCCGGCCAAGAAACAAAAUUGAUUGUUGUUGUUGGAAAAAGUGAACAUUUGACACCUGAACAACAUGAAAAACUUGUGAAAUUAGCUCAUGAAAACAACAUUCCAGAAGAAAACAUCCACAAUGUUCUUGCUACAGAAAUUUUACCCCAAGUUAGUGGGGAUGCAGUGAAAGGACUGCACUUGGUUCUUGUUGGUGGAAGUAUAAAGCUCUUCACUGCUAUCAAAGUCAACAUGGAUGAUGCUUAA